GCCUCUUCACAUUUCCAGACCUGAACGUUCUUCGUUGCCAUUGUUGUUCAUAGAUAUGGAUAAGGAGAAGAAGCAUCUUUCCACUAUUGCCAACAUCGUGAUUCAAAGAUGCGCCCGGAAGCUUGGUUGUUCUGUUGAUUCGCUGAUUGAAGAAUUUGAGAGAGAAUGGGAGCCUCAGAUGAGUGGUUAUUCCAGGAAAUUAGUAGAAUUUUGCUCCUCCAAAGCUCUUAUGGUUAUGUGUGGAGUUAUAGAUGACACAAUCACCGAUGGUUCAUUCAGCCGCGACACGUUCGAUAUGAUGCUUGCUUGGGAGACACCAAGCUCAGAAGAAGAAGAAUCAUAUAGUGAGUGCAUUGCAAAAGAGAGCGAGGACAAGAAGGUUGCAAUAGCGACAGAACAACAAGAAGAUGAUGUUUCUCUGUUCUAUUCUGAUCUCAUGCCACUACUUGUUGAUCAAGAGCCAAGUGCUGGAGAGGAUGCAUUUGUAUGGUUGGGAACGCUUGUUCCUUUGGUUGUUGACAUGGUUAAUGGGAGAUUUACUUUUGAGACAUUGACCGCACCCACAGGGAAUCGACUUCAUUUUCCGGCUUAUGACAAAUUUUUGAAAGAAAUUGACAGAUGUAUAAAGCAUUUACAGAAGCAAGAGACUCCUACGGGGGUAGAACUAGAAGAUGAUGAAUUCAUAUUGCAUGUGGAGGGAACUGCAAGUUCACAGAGAGUGGUGCGGCACAUUGGAGGAACUAGUUGGCCUGGCAGGUUGACACUGACGAACUAUGCCCUUUACUUUGAGGCCUCUGGCGUCGUAUCUUAUGAAAAUGCGCUAAAACUUGACCUCUCGAAAGACGCUGGGCAGAAUGUCAAACCUGUAGCAACUGGUCCUUUUGGUGCUCCUCUUUUCGAUAAAGCUAUAGUUUAUGAAUCUUCUGAAUUGCAAGAAGGUGUUGUGUUAGAGUUCCCAGAGAUGACAAGCUCAACGAGACGCGACCACUGGCUCGCUCUUGUUAAGGAGGUUAUGUUACUGCACCAGUUCCUGUCGAAGUUCAAAGUUGAAUCGGCACUAGAAGUAUGGGAAAUGCAUGCGAGGACCAUAUUAGGGAUUGUAAGGCUUCAUGCAGCAAGAGAAAUGCUCAGAAUCGCACCUCCAGUACCCGAAAGCUUUUUAAUAUUUGCCUUGCUGGAUGAACUGCCGAAGGGAGACUAUGUACUCCAGGAGCUGGCCGAGAGUCUGAAAAAGUCGAAUAGUGGACAUCCGUGUAGUGCCAGUUCGAUUCUUAGGAGCUUGAAUGUGUCCCGGCCCUGCCUGCCUUGUGUAGAGCCACAACAGACUAGUGAUAGCACGGAAAUUAUCCACCCUGAAAAUCUCUCGUCGUUGGAGAGUGCUAUAAAUCAAGCACGAGAAGAAGCAAAAGAAACUGACUUGGCUAAAUCUACUGCCGGGGCACUUAAAGAGGAAGGUAUCAGCCAAAGUGCCCAAGUUCUUAUUGGGCUGCUUAAACCACUUCAGAUCUUAGUCCCUUGGUCUCAAGAAGUUGUUAUGUGGGAACACCCGAUGACCACCUCUGUGGUGGUUAUUACAACAUUGAUAGUCAUCUACAAAGAGUUGGUUGGUCUGGCGAUAUCAGCUUUCUUGUUGUGGGCAGUGGCAAAGAUGCUACAAGCCAGACGAGAGAGGAUCCCAGAAAAGCAAGACAAGAUUGUUAUCUGUACAGCCUCCGAUCAGUCAACAAUGGAGAGUAUCGUCUCAGCUCAGCAGGGGUUAAGAAGUGUACAUGAGAUAAUGCAGCAGACAAAUAUAGCUUUACUCAAGAUAUGGUCAAUACUGAUCUCAAAGGCUCCGAAGCACACAAACACAGUGAUGACAGUUAUGGCUGCUUGUGCAAUUGUACUAGCUGUGAUUCCACUCAAGUUCAUCCUAAUGGCCCUUGUAGUGUAUGGUUUCUUUAUGACGUCAAAACUUGGGAAGUGCAUGCAAAGUGAGCAGGGCAACCGGCGUAUGAAGGAAUGGUGGGACUCUAUUCCCAUCGUUCCUCUUGAAAUCGUGGACUAGGUAUCCGAUAUGGCUGGGAGGCUGCAGGGUGAAUGCAGAAUGUAAGAAACGGAGGACGGGCUACAAAUAUGGGAAGUUUGAGUGCUUUUUGCACAUACAGAGUUAUCUCAGGCAGACAAUUGACACUAUGUAUAAUUGUUGUUUUAUUAUUAUUUGUUAUUUUUGUUUGUUGCUUGCAUAGAUAGAAGGAAAUUCAGGCGAUGUUGAGGAUCUUAUUUGGAUGCAAAGUGAAAGUGUGUACCUGUACAUGGAAAAGAUUUGUUGUUUUCAUCA